ACGGCCGGCGGAAGCCGAGGGUGGCGAAGCCGGAUGCGACGUGGGCGGCGGAGCGGAGAGGAGUGGGCUGUGCCGAGCCGAGCCGAGCCGUGCCGGGCCGAGUCGUGCCAUGGAGGCACUCUACCACCAGACCAACAAACAAGUCCAUGAAGUCCAAUCUUACAUGGGACGUCUGGAAACUUCAGACAAACAGUCAGUACACUUAGUAGAAAAUGAGAUUCAAGCAAGAAUAGACAAUAUAUUCAGCAACUUGGAACGUCUGGAAAUCCUGUCUAGUAAAGAACCUCCCAAUAAGCGACAAAAUGCUAAACUCCGAGUUGACCAGCUGAAGUAUGAUGUUCAGCAUCUGCAGACAGCUCUGAGGAACUUUCAACAUCGCCGUUAUAUCCGGGAGCAGCAGGAACGACAGCGAGAAGAGUUACUAGCACGUACAUUCACUACUAAUGACUCUGACACCACCAUACCGAUCGACGAAACAUUACGGUUUAAUGAAUCCCUGCAGAAUGCCCAUCGUGGCAUGGAUGAUCUUAUUGGCAGUGGGACCAACAUCCUUCAGGGGCUGAGGGACCAGAGAGUGACAUUAAAGGGUACUCACAAGAAGAUCCUGGAUGUUGCCAACAUGUUGGGCUUAUCCAAUACUGUAAUGCGGCUGAUUGAGAAGCGAGCCUUUCAAGAUAAAUAUUUUAUGAUUGGGGGAAUGAUUUUGACUUGUGUAAUUAUGUUUCUCGUUGUGCAGUAUCUGACAUGAGCUACUAAGCUAUUGCCAGAGGAUAUCGUCUUUUGGAGCAAAAUGGACUGCCCUCCAAAAUGUGCUUUCCUCUGAGUGCUGCUUUGGAUGAGCCCCUCCUGAGAACUUCAGAGUUUACAAAUCACACUCAGACAUGUCAUGUGGAAAGCACAUAGGGGAACAAAUUUCUUUGGAGACACUGUAGUUUAAGAUGACCCUAUAAAAAUAUCCUUAGCCA